AUGUUGUGGCAGUCGGUCUACCUGCUCGUCUUGGCGUGCGCCGUCGUUAGCGCCACACCGAUCCUCUCCAGCAGCAAUCAGGAAAUUAUUCGUAAACCCCGUCAUAUUGGAGGAUUUGGUGGUGGCGGAAUCGUCGGUGGUGGCAUCAUUGGAGGAGGAGCAGUAGCUGCACCCAUUGUAGCAGCCCCUGCCAUUCAAGCAGUUCCUGUCGUAUCCACCGUGCCCGUAAUCACCACUGUUCCUGUUGUCUCCAGCAUAUCCACGGUACAAACGAUUCCUAGUUAUGGUUAUGGCUAUAAUGGACUUGGAGGAGGCUACCCAAUUGGCGGUGGAGGAUUAGGUGGACUUGGUGGCGUCGGAGGCGGUGGUUUUGUUGGCGGUGCUGUGGGUUUUGCCAAAUUCAAAGGCGGUUUCUUUGGCUAGAUGUUUCCGAAUAACUCUAAGUGUGUCUCGAGACCCAAUCUAGUGUAAACAAUGAAUAAACAAAACGACUGGGCGAGAUCGAGUUUCAUUUUGCCGAGUGUGUUUGGGAAUCAA